UAUUAUGGGAAGCGGGCAGAGUUCCAAUAUUGAGCGCGGAGAAGGACGGCCAUUUUGAGGCGGUGUGUGGACUGCUCAUGUGCUUAGCACAGCAGAAUGAACGCCUUACAGUCCUAUUCCAGUGACGAGGAGUCCGGAAAUGAAGCGCCAACACAUAAAACUCGCAAGAGUGGUGACCCGGGCACUAACUAUGAUGAUGUCGGUAUGGACAUAAGUGAGAUCCUGGGAGGUGCUGGGAACUGCUGCAGCUUGAGCUGUGAGGCAUGCACCUCCCAACAGGACUCUGAUGAGGAGCUGCCGUCUGCCCACCAGUCGAGAGAGAAAUCAGGUGCCAGACCCACAGGCAACACUUCAAAACAUCUUGAAUCUUCUUCGGGCAGUCGAUCUUCAGAGGACCCUCCUGUGACCAGUAGUGAGAGCAACAAGAACUCCAGUGAAGUCAAAGAGGGUCAGCGAUCUAGUCUUCAGGAGCGUUUGCUAGGCCUCGCCAGUAGAGGAUCACAGCGCAUGCUACCAGGAGAUGAUCGAGGUUCUGGCAGAGACAGAAGAGAAAAAUCAAGGUCCAAGUCCAGAGAAAGAGAAGUUGGAAGAUCAAGUCAGUCAAGCAGAGAUCAUGGAAGCAGGAGUCAUCAGUCUCGAGAACAGUCCAGUCAAGGACACUCUGGACGAAGCAGGGAUUCCCGUAAGGGUCGAGAAGAAGACCGAAAAAGGAAAGAUGAUGAGAGGCGGACCAGGCGAUCACGUUCUCGUUCACGAUCAAGAGACAGACGCAGGUCACGCUCAAGAUCCAGAGAUCGCAGGUCAAGGUCACGGUCCAGGUCCAGGUCUAGAGAGAGGCACCGCCGUAGCCGCAGCCAUGAGAGGAAGAGACCUUUGGACAUCAGAAAAGAGGCUCAACAGAAACUUGCGGCCCUGAAAGCAGCUAAUCCAGAUCUGACAGCAGCAGAACUUCUAAAGAGGAGUAUGGAUGCUCAAGUUGUUGAAGUCCAGAAGCAAACAGGCAUUACCCUGCCAUCAUAUUACAACCCUGCAGCAAUGAAUCCUAUGAAAUUUGCUGAACAAGAGCGUAAGAAGAAAUUACUUUGGGGCAACAAGAAUAAGACUCAACCAAACCCCCUCCUUGGCAGUCAAGCUGGCCCUGCAGAAAGUCCACAGGGAAUGAAUUCAGGAAUUGCUGGAAGUAAUUUUGGAAGCAAGUUUUCAUCUCCAGCAACUUCAAGACCAUCAGCUAUGGCAUUGUCACAUGCAGCAACAAGCAGCAGCAGUAGUAGCAGCACCACCACUGGGGGACAAGCAGCUCUAUGGGCCAACACUAGAUUUUCCAAUGACAGAGAUGGCAAGAUGGCUGAGAAGUUCCGCAGGCUUAUGGGGGUUAAGAAUACAGGAGGUGAUGGAGCUGCACUUCCCAGUAAGGAAGGUGGUGGUGGAGAGGGCAACAAAGAUAAAGGUAUUGACAUCCUUCAAAAACAAGAAAGUAUGUUUUCUUCAAUGGAAAGGCAAUAUGAGAUGGCAAGGAUUGCUACCCAUACUCAUAAAGGAUUUGGUUUAGGCUUUACUAGUCAGUCAUUUAUACCAAAGUAAUAAUUUCAUUGUUGACAGUCUCUCAAGCACCCAGUUUCAGUCUUGUAUAUACAUGUUGUGGAGCGUCAUAGAAGAUAACUCGUGAAGAAAGUCUUCAGUGUAGGUAUUCGGUCUAGACAGAGGAUUGACCUAUCAGUGUGAUCAUUGAUGAAAGGCUAGACUCCUAGUUUACAUCUCCUGUUGCCUCUUUCACCAGUAAUAAAUUUCUGAGACAAUUUUGAGUCAGUGAGGGUAUCACCAAAGCCAAGACUCAGACUACAUAUGGCCUUCCCCUCCAUUUUCUUGUAAUUUAUAGUUGUUGCUGUGAGACAGUGGAAAAACUACUGUUCUGCCAUCUUGGUCACUGGUCUGAGUCUUGCCUCUAUGUCAAUAUGGUCAGUGUCUGCACCAAAAAAAAAUAGAUAAUGAAAUGAUUCAUUGUUAAGGUUAACUUAAAUAUUGUGACAAGCCUCCAUUCUCUCUCUCUCUCUCUCUCUCUCUCUCUCUCUCUCUCUCUCUCUCUCUCUCUCUCUCUCUCUCUCUCUCUCUCUCUCUCUCUCUCUCUCUCUCUCUCUCUCUCUCUCUCUCUCUCUCUCUCUCUCUCUCUCUCUCUCUCUCUCUCUCUCUCAUUUGAUCUAAAGGUAAACAAUAUAAUUUAAAAGAGUGAACUACAGUUCCAGUGCCACCUUUCAUCAAUACUCUCCAAAUGGCUUUAUUUUGAUGCCAGACAUCAUUUGCAGCUAGUCAUUAUUAUCAGGAUUCUCUCUCUCUCUCUCUCUCUCUCUCUCUCUCUCUCUCUCUCUCUCUCUCUCAUCUCUCUCUCUCUCUCUCUCUCUCUCUCUCUCUCUCUCUCUCUCUCUCUCUCUCUCUCUCUCUCUCUCUCUCUCUCUCUCUCUCUCUCUCUCUCUCUCUCUCUCUCUCUCUCUCUCUCAGACAGAAUUAUUCUUUUGAGCCAAAAAUAUGGCAUUCACUGACUUGGUAUUGAUAAGACUAAACAAGAUAUAGUUUGCUGACACUUCAGCAUUGAUGAACCUAUUUUCACAUAGUGCAUUUCCCUCUCCAUUUUCUGCAUCAGGGUAUAUAAACUGGUGUUUCACCUUUUUGCUGGUUUAUGUGUAAGCCUCAUUUUUGUUAUUUGGAUAUCCAUUUUUGAACUAAGUUAUAUCUUCAGGAGAUUUUUCAUGCAGUUAUGUAUAUGUUCCUGCAGUUUUUAGUUCUGAAAAUAGUAUGGUGUAGGUAUGCAAACUUGAAAGAAUUCUUGCAUGUGUAAGUUAAUGAUUCUUAUAAAAAAGCUGUCAAAACUUAGAUUUUAUCUAGAAGAUGGCACUACAAUAUACUGAAAGCUUCUCCAAGUGAUUGCAUUUAGUUAGCUUUACAUACCUACAGUUUCAAUAUGGUUUAUAAUUUUUUAGGGAUCAUAUGGAACUAAACCAUACUGAAAAAAAAAAAAUCUAAGAACUGCAAAUACCUAAAUAGAAUAGGGAAAAUGUCCCCAGAUUUGUACGAGUAUUUUAAGACACUGCAAUAAAACAUCAACAAUGCAAGAAA